AUGGCUUCUCUUCUGGGUGCCAAUUAUGAAUCUUCCAGCGACGAUGAAGUUAAACAAAAUGUGCCAGUCAAGUCAACACCAGCUCCCGUCCCAGCUUCAGGGAUCGUCGCAGCACCUGACGUCUCCAUAGAGGAUUCUUCGCGCUUACAGCUGAUGCUUGCAAAAUCGACCGACACCGCCUUAACUUACAACGCCACCUAUGAUGACCUAUCACGACCAACUUUGGGACCGGAAAAUCCCUUCCGCUCCGCUCAUGGGGGUAACGCGCUGAAGAGGAAAAACGUAUUAACGGGGCAUGCGGAAGAAACUUUGAUAAGCGAGGCGACGUUUAAUUCUCAGCAUCGAACAUUUCAGGCCUUUGGAUACACACAGGAUCCAAGUGUCCCUGGGGCAUUUGUCGGGGAUUUGGAGGCCGCUGCACGUCUGGGGGGUAAAAAUGUGGUGCAAAUGCGUCCUUCCAAGGAGGCCAGCGCUGCAUUGAGGAGGAAGAGGCAAAAGAAAGGGGAUUCUAGUAUCGUCGAAGGAGAAGGCGCAUAUCUCGGCCCUUGGGCGAGAUACGAGGAUGAUGAUCUCAUGUACGAGGAAGAAUUGGACCUAGCCGGUCGGGAACUGGCCAGCGAUGAGGAAUAUAUUGACGAAGCGAUUGUGCCGUCGAAUGUACCAGCUAUGGAUAAAAAGGCUACGGCGUACAAGGAAGAUACGUCCCAUACCGAAACGACAGAAUUUCAUGGUUCGGAGCAGUUCGAUUAUCAAGGAAGGACAUACAUGCACGUUCCCCAGGAUCUGGACAUCGACCUCAAAAAGGAGGUGGGCAGUAUCAAAAACUACGUACCCAAAAAGCUGGUCCAUACUUGGAAAUCACACACAAAACCCAUUACUUCCUUGCGCUUCUUCCCCAACUCAGGACACCUCCUCCUCUCCUCCUCUGCCGAUUCGAAAAUUAAAAUAUGGGAUGCGUACCACUCCCGAGAGCUUCUGCGGACAUAUUCCGGCCAUUCCAACGCAGUCACCGACACCACCUUCCACCCAACGGGCACCACUUUUCUCUCAGGCUCAUACGACCGCCAAAUCAAGCUCUGGGACACAGAGUACGGCAAGUGUAUCUCCCGCUUCUCAACGGGAAAAACACCACACGUCAUCCGCUUCAACCCAGACCCAGAUCACUCCCAUGAAUUCCUCGCUGGUAUGUCCGAUAAAAAAAUCAUCCAAUUCGACACCCGCACCGGCGCCAUCACGCAAGAAUACGACCACCAUCUCGCCGCCGUCAACACACUUACUUUUGUCGAUAACAACCGCCGCUUCAUCUCCACCUCAGACGACAAAUCGCUGCGUGCGUGGGAAUACAACAUCCCCGUCCCCAUCAAGUUCAUCGCGGAGCCGUAUCUGUACGCACUCGUGCGUGCAGCUCCCCAUCCCAAUGGCAAAUACGUCGCCUUCCAGUCCGGCGACAACCAGAUCGUCGUGUACGCCUCCACGGACAAGUUCCGCCAGAAUCGCAAGAAGAGUUUCCGUGGGCAUAACAAUGCUGGAUACGCGAUCGAUGUGGCUAUCAGUCCUGAUGGGCAGUUCGUCACGUCGGGUGAUAGUGGUGGAUACGUGUGUUUCUGGGAUUGGAAGACAGGGAAGAUGUGGCAUAAGAUCAUGGCUGGAGGGAAAGAAGGGGCGGCGAUUACAUGUGUGGAAUGGCAUCCGCAGGAGACUAGCAAGGUUGCGACGGCUGGACUGGAGGGCGUUAUUAAGUAUUGGGAUUAA